AUGCGCAGCCGCGGGGCCGCGGACGGCUUCGGCGGGGUUUCCAUCGACGGUUUCGGCGGGGGCUCCGCGGAACUAGAUUUUGACGAGAAUGUUGACCGCAACAGCCCGCGACCCAAGCCCAGUGUAGCUGUGCUCGCGAACCGACUCGUCCGGCUCGGUUCUGUUACCCGAUCCGCCGUGAGAACAUCCCCGUUAAGAGCCAUUGUCGUCGGCGCGCUGCUGCUGAUUCUUCUGGGAGGAUUCGCCGUGGCGCGGUGGUUGGUAGGGGGUGGCGGCGGCGGCGGCGGCUUGGGCGGCGCGGGCUGGAAGAAGGAGCGGUUUUUCUGCGGGUCGGAGGAGCAUAGCACGGGAGAAAUAAAGCCGUUUAUAUUUGUGUACGAUCUGGGCGGGGAAUUCACGAGUGACGUUCUGAAAAUGGCUCCAUCUUCGUGGUACUCUGAGGCGCAUGACGCGGAGAGAGCGCUGUAUGAGCACCUGAGGGCGAGCAGGGCGCGCACGUGGAACCCGGCGCAGGCGUCCCUGUUCUAUGUGCCCUUCUUCUCCGCUCACUUCACCGCCUCGCACUCCCAGGACCGCCAGCACGACAUGCAGCAGGCUGUUAGAGCCACCUCGCAGAAGUGGCAGCAGCUGCUAACGCGCGUGCGCACGGCAUACCCGUACUUCAACCGCAGCGGCGGCGCGGACCACUUCUCGGUGCUCUCCACGGACCACGCGCGCUGCCACGCGCUCACCUUCCUGCCGCCCGCGCUGUACGCGCGCAUGUUCUUCCUGCAGAUGAACGGGGAUGUGAUGGUCCGGAGCACACACGCGCACCCGCAGAGAGGCAUGCAGGUACUGGCAUACAACUAUGGCACAAACGGGUCAACAGACAUCCCCGACAUUCCUUGCUAUCGCCCUGAUCUAGACAUCGUAAUCCCACCCACACUCGAGCACAGCAGCACCGCCCAGCAGCAGCAGCAGCAGCAGCAGCAGCAGCAGGGUCUGCCACUCUCCACCAAGCCUGCGUUGACUGCAGCUACAGCCAUCCCUGUGGUGAAUCGCUCCAUCCCAGUUUUUCUGCGGCUCAGCUCUGGAAAGGACGGCGAUCAGGAGCAGCCUGUGCGGCACCACAACCACGCCAUUCAACAGGAGGUGGUUCAGGUGGUGCGGAGCAGGGCGGAGGAGGGGUGGGAGGUGGGGGCGAGGGGGGCAGGGUGGGCCAUGGAGGAGGGCAUGCGGCGGGCCACCUGCUGCCUCUGCCCUCCGGGUCACUCCCAAUGGACCAUGUGCCUCGGCAAGGCCAUACUGGCAGGGUGCAUACCUGUCACCUUCUUCCGAGACAAUGACAACCCAUGGCAGGACGUGCUGGACUACUCGCGGUUCAGCCUCAACGUGGACCCUGACGACAUCCCCUCCCUCUCGGAUCGCCUGCAUGCUCUGCUGCACUCCCCCCCGCUCCUGCUGCGCUUGCAACGCAAUGUGCAAGCUGUGCAGGCAUACUUCUCAUGGAAUCCCUCUCUGGAGGGUGGAGGAGUGCCGGCGCUGGCAGUGCAGCGGUUAUGGUGCCGCGGCAGAGCUCUCUCUCUCACACGCACAGGCGCCCAUCUCAGACCCUGA